UAAAAAAGUACGUGGCACCACGUCUGUCUAGACUCGCCGCAUCAUCAUCGUUGAUAUCGUGUUGUUUUCAUUCGGUUUCGCCAAAUUGACAUUCAAUUCUUCAAUUUGCUUCCAGCACUAGUUUUGUCGUCGUCACAGAGAUCGGCCGCUUUUCGAUUCGAUUUUAUUUGUCUAUAAAAUUAAUUUUUAUUCCUAAAUAAAAACUACCUCGUUGUUAGUGAACAUCUCAAUAUAUCUCAAUCAUGUCAAAAUUAUUGUUUGUUUGUGCAUUUUCUGCAAUUAUUUCAUUGUCAUUCGGUUUGUCGUGCACCAGCCCAACCGUUGAAACGGUGAACACAUUCACGACACAAGAUGCAACAAUCGUUAGCCAAAUUGCAUUCAUCACCGAAUUCACAUUGAAAUGCAGUAACAAAGCCUCAGAAACCUCACCAUUGUUCGCUGACGUUGAUGGUAAACUUUCACCGGUUGCCCGCAUCGGAACUGACAAAUUCCAAGUGAGCUGGACUGAAGAAACCAAGAAGGCUAGCCGCGGUGAAUAUGUCGUUCGUUUGUUCGACGAAGAAGGUUUUGCUGCUGUUCGCAAGGCCCAACGUUCCGGUGCUGACAUCGCCUCAAUCCCAGCUCUGGCCGAAGUCAGUGUAUCACAUCCAGGCGCUUUCAACGGACCAUACGUGAACUCAGAAAUCUUAGCCGCUGGCCUCUCAAUUCUCGUUGCCUACGUUGCAUUCUCAACAAAGAGCAAACUUCUUUCAUAAGGCCAUCGCAUCGAUGGAUUAUCAAAUCAUUUGUCACAUCAAACACACUCAUUCAAAUUAAUUUAAUAUCAAGAUUGACUUGAAUCAAAAUGAAUCCGAUGUUACGAACGUUAGUUUGUCAUAGUGCAAAAAAUUGAACAUUUGUAAAGAAAGAAAAAAAGAGUGAGCAAACAAAAAACCAACAAGCUAAACGAGAGAAUAAAAUGAUUAAUUUAUGAUUA